CUCUCCAGUCUGUAGGUUUCUUCUGCACGUAAUCUACAAAGAUUUUUGUGGAGAGAAAGAGAGAGAGGAAGUGGUGUGAUCAUUGACCUUUGAGAGUCCAAUGAGUGGUGUGAGCAACGAGAGGAGGAGAUCUGAGAUCUCAUUAAAAAAACAGAGAAAAGAUAAAUGUUGGGAGAUGUUGGCUGGUUGACUAGUAUACGUCAGGCCUCUGCCAGCACGUAGUUUUUCUCUGCAAUUUUUUUAUCUUUUCACCCUUCUCAAGCCCCCAGUGACAUCUAUAUAAAUCCCAUCACCAACCCAACUCCAUCUUCAUUCCAUUCCCUCUUCUCUGUCUUCUGCUCGCAAUUCAUUCUCAGUAUUUUAUCAGGCCUUUCUCCUCCUCUCCUUUGUUGUCCUCUGUUUCGGGACAUUUAGCAGCAACAGUACUAGUAGUGUUGGCAGAUGGGUGAGAACGGUGCUGCAAAAUACCACCAGCACGCAAAUUUCACCCCCAUGGAGGUUGCCAUUGAACUUGGUCACCAACAGGGAAGUUCCAAAUGCUUCGACAAUGAUGGCCGACUCAAGAGAACUGGGACCGUAUGGACAGCGAGUUCUCACAUUAUAACGGCGGUGAUCGGGUCCGGCGUGCUAUCGCUGGCUUGGGCCAUUGGCCAGCUAGGAUGGGUUGCUGGCCCUGCUGCUAUGCUCCUCUUCUCCUACGUAACAUACUACACCUCUGCCCUUCUUUCUGACUGCUACCGCUCCGGUGAUCCGAUGACCGGCAAGCGCAACUACACCUACAUGGAUGCUGUCCACGCCAACCUCAAUGGUUUCAAGGUCAAGAUCUGUGGCUUCCUCCAGUAUGCCAAUAUCUUUGGAGUUUCCAUUGGAUAUACCAUUGCCGCUUCCAUUAGCAUGCUGGCAAUCAAGAGAUCGAAUUGCUUUCAUGAGAAAGGACACAAAAAUCCCUGCCAAGCAUCCAGCAAUCCUUACAUGAUCAUGUUUGGUGUGGCAGAGAUCCUCUUCUCUCAAAUCCCAGACUUCGAUCAGAUUUGGUGGCUCUCCAUCCUCGCUGCCAUCAUGUCCUUCACCUAUUCCUCCAUCGGCCUCGCCCUCGGCAUUGUUCAAGUCAUCCAGAACGGAGGAAUCAAAGGCAGUCUCACUGGAAUUAGCAUUGCAGUUGUCUCCCCGACCGACAAAGUCUGGCGAAGCCUCCAAGCCUUUGGUGAUAUUGCCUUCGCCUACUCCUACUCUCUGAUCCUCAUCGAAAUUCAGGACACAAUAAAGGAAGCACCGCCGUCGGAGGCGAAGGUAAUGAAGAGGGCGACGCUCCUCAGCGUGGCGGUGACCACCAUCUUCUACAUGCUCUGUGGCUGCAUGGGCUAUGCUGCCUUCGGCGACAUGGCCCCUGGCAACCUCCUCACCGGCUUUGGCUUCUACGACCCCUACUGGCUCCUCGACAUUGCCAAUGCCGCCAUCGUCAUCCACCUCGUCGGUGCCUACCAGGUCUACUGCCAGCCCCUCUUCGCCUUCGUCGAGAAGUGGGCUCUCCAGACCUGGCCUGACUCCAAAUUCAUCACCAAAGAGGUCGAGGUCCCUCUCGGCCCCAGCCGGUGCUACCGUCUCAAUCCUCUCAGGCUAACAUGGCGCACUCUGUUUGUGAUCUGCACUACAGUGAUCUCAAUGCUUCUUCCUUUCUUCAACGACGUCGUCGGGUUGCUCGGCGCCCUCGGGUUCUGGCCGCUGACCGUAUACUUUCCGGUGGAGAUGUAUAUUGUCCAGAAGAAGGUGCCCAAGUGGAGCACCAAGUGGGUGUGCCUCCAGUUGCUGAGCAUGGCCUGCCUUGCUAUAUCGGUGGCGGCGGCCGCCGGGUCCAUCGCCGGGGUGGUGAACGACCUCAAGGUCUACCAGCCAUUCAAGACCAGCAAUUGAUGCAUAAUGCUUUGUUAAGAUACCACUACCGCUUUCACCCUCAAAGAAAAGAUAUCACUUCUGCUGUUGUUGCUUCCUGUUGUUUAUAAAUUGUAAUUCCCUUCCAAAUAAUUUUAAUAGAAAAGAAAGGCGAUUCCCCAAGUGACAAA